AAGAUGGCGGCCGCUGUGGCAAGAGGCGCUUGGCUGGCGGCCUUGGGCAGAAGACCGCGGCGUGGGAUCGCUGCCGGUCGGCGAGCUUGGCCCGGCCCCGGCCCCUUGACCACGGCAGUAGCCAGUGUGGCCCUGGCAGGCACAGGAGUGGCACGGUACCAUGGCCGCUUGAAUGUCGUGGCACCCGAGGGCAGCCUCACCGUCUUAGCACAGGAAAAUGUUGACUCUGGAGAGAUGGGAGAAAAACUGUCCCUUCGUAAACAGCGCUUCAUGCAGUUUUCUUCACUGGAACAUGAAGGAGAAUAUUAUACGACACCACAAGACUUCCUCUUUUCAGUAAUGUUUGACCAAAUGGAACGUAAAACUUCAGUGAAGAAGCUGACAAAAAAGGAUAUCGAGGAGAUACUGGCAGGAAUCCAACCAGCUCGUUGUGGAUCAACCUUUUUUAGAGACCGUGGCGAUAAAGGACUAAUUUCGUAUACUGAGUAUCUUUUCUUGCUUACAAUCCUCACUAAACCUCAUACUGGGUUUCAUGUUGCUUUUAAAAUGCUGGAUGCAGAUGGUAAUGAGAUGGUUGAGAAAAAGGAAUUUUUUAAGCUACAGAAGAUCAUAAGUAAACAAGAUGACUUGAAGACAACGAUAGCUAAUGAAACGGAAAGCCAGGAAUCAACAGUGAAAGAACCUGAAAUUACCACAACCCUUCAGAUACAUUUCUUUGGAAAAAGAGGAGAAAGAAAACUUCAUUAUUGGGAAUUUCGAAGAUUUAUGGAGAAUUUACAAACAGAGGUCCAAGAAAUGGAAUUCCUUCAGUUUUCUAAAGGUUUGAGUUUCAUGAGAAAAGAAGACUUUGUAGAGUGGCUACUUUUCUUCACUGACACUGAAAAUAAAGACAUCUAUUGGAAAAAUGUAAGAGAGAAGUUGUCAGCAGGAGAGAGCAUUAGUUUGGAUGAGUUCAAGUCAUUUUGUCACUUUAUGACCCACUUGGAAGACUUUGUUAUUGCUAUGCAAAUGUUCAGUUUAGCUCAUCGUCCUGUCAGACUGGUGGAGUUUAAGAGGGCCAUGAAAGUAGCAACAGGACAGGAGCUCUCAAACAAUAUUUUGGACACCGUCUUCAAGAUCUUUGAUGUGGAUGGUGAUGAAUGUCUUAGUCAUGGAGAGUUUCUCGGGGUUUUAAAAAACAGGAUGCAUCAAGGUCUAUGGGUACCACAACAACAAUGUGUACAGGAAUACUGGAAAUGUGUGAAAAGAGAAAGCAUUAAAGGAGUAAAAGAAGUCUGGAAACAAGCUGGAAGAAAUCUCUUUUAGAAAAAGAUAAUCUGGGAGUCAUACUGCUCCAAAUGUCAGAAUUUGGAAUUUGUUUAAAAUACUAGAUUUUUG